GCCACCAACUGAAGCACUGAGGCCCAGCUGCAGACCUCUCUCCCGAGAGGGGAAUAAUCCGUGCCGGCCGGUUCCGCCAUGGAGCCAGCUGCGGGUCACCUCGACGGUCACCGCGCGGGCAGCUCAAGCCUUCGCCAGGCUCUGUGCGGCGGAAGCGCAGUGAUGUUUUCCAGUAAAGAACGCGGACGUUGCACCGUGAUCAAUUUUGUCCCUUUGGAGGCGCCGUUACGGUCCACGCCCCGCUCGCGUCAAGUGACUGAGGCCUGUGGUGGAGAAGGACGUGCGGUGCUGCUGGGUUCUGAGCCGGGGUGGUCGGUGGGUGGGAUGGAGGCGACCUUGGAGCAGCACUUGGAAGACACAAUGAAGAAUCCCUCCAUUGUUGGAGUCCUGUGCACAGAUUCACAAGGACUUAAUCUGGGUUGCCGUGGGACCCUGUCAGAUGAGCAUGCUGGAGUGAUAUCUGUUCUAGCCCAGCAAGCAGCUAAACUAACCUCUGACCCCACUGAUAUUCCUGUGGUGUGUCUAGAAUCAGAUAAUGGGAACAUUAUGAUCCAGAAACAUGAUGGCAUCACAGUGGCAGUGCACAAAAUGGCCUCUUGACACCUCAUAUCUGUUCUUCAGCAGCCUGUCAUAGGAACUGGAUCCUACCUGUGUUAAUUACCUUAUAGAAAUACUAAAGUUCCAGUAGUUAGGCCAUUCAUUUAAUGUGCAUUGGGCACUUUUCUAUUUAUUUAAGAGUCAGUUGCUUUCUAAUGCUCUAUGGACCGACUAUCAAGAUAGUAAGAAAGGAUCAUGUUUUGAAGCAGCAGUUCCAGGUCACUUUGUAUAUAGAAUUUUGCUAUAUUCAAUAAAUCUGUUUGGAGGAAAAUGGA